UCUCCGCAAACGAUACCACAAGAAACGGUGAGAUAGUAACUUUGAGUCACUACCCCACCAACUUUGGAGUUCGUCACGUGCUUCACACGGGAAUUGCCGCGGAGUAGCCGACGAGCUCCGAAUUCAGCUGGAAAUCCAGUGUUUUGUUUUCGACCGCCAUGUUGCAGCUUGCACGAACUCGGGCACCCGCACUCAUUCGUCGCGUACCGCGUCAGGCGUGCGCGUUCCCGCCUCUGCGCGGGUACGCCUCAGCCGCGGACCCAUAUGAUGUCGUGGUCAUUGGCGGAGGCCCGGGAGGCUACGUCGCAGCCAUCAAGUCUGCACAGCUGGGGCUGAAGACGGCCUGUAUCGAGAAGCGCGGCGCGCUUGGCGGCACCUGCCUGAACGUCGGCUGCAUCCCCUCAAAAUCCCUCCUCAACAACUCGCACAUGUACCACCAGGCGCAGCACGACAUGGAGCGCCGCGGGAUCGACAUCCAGGGCGUCAGCCUCAACCUCGGCAACCUGAUGAAGGCGAAGGACGCGAGCGUCACCGGCCUCACGAAGGGCAUCGAGUUCCUCUUCAAGCAGAACGGCGUCGAGUACAUCAAGGGCGCCGGCUCCUUCGUCUCCCCCACGCAGAUCAAGGUCGCGCUGAACGAGGGCGGCGAGACCGAGGUCGGCGCGAAGAACGUCAUCAUCGCGACGGGCUCGGAGGUCGCGCCCUUCCCGGGCGGCUCGAUCACGAUUGACGAGGAGCAGAUCGUGAGCUCGACGGGCGCGCUUGCGCUGAAGGAGGUCCCCCAGAAGAUGGUUGUCAUCGGCGGCGGUGUCAUUGGGCUUGAGCUCGGCAGUGUCUGGAGCCGGCUCGGCGCGGAGGUCACUGUCGUCGAGUUCCUCGGCGGUAUUGGCGGCGCGGGCAUCGACGAGGAGGUUGCCAAGCAGUUCCAGCGCCUGCUCGCAAAGCAGGGCUUGAAGUUCAAGCUGAACACGAAGGUGACAUCCGCGGAGAAGAAGGAUGGCAAGGUGGUCCUCGCCAUCGAGGGCGCGAAGGACGGCAAGUCAGAUUCGCUCGACGCCGAUGUCGUCCUCGUUGCUGUCGGUCGCCGACCAUACACCCAGGGUCUCAACUUGGAGGCUAUCGGUCUUGAGACCGACAACAAGGGCCGCAUCGUCAUCGACUCGCAAUUCAACACCUCCGUCCCCAACAUCAAGUGCAUCGGCGACGUCACCUUCGGCCCCAUGCUCGCGCACAAGGCCGAGGAGGAGGGCAUCGCCGCCGUCGAGUACAUCAAGGCCGGCCACGGCCACGUCGACUACGCCGCGAUUCCCGCCGUCGUGUACACGCACCCCGAGGUCGCGUGGGUCGGCAAGACGGAGCAGGACCUGAAGGCGGAGGGCGUGAAGUAUUCGGUCGGCAAGUUCAACUACACGGCGAACUCGCGCGCGAAGACGAACCUGGACACGGACGGGUUCGUGAAGAUCCUGACGGAGAAGGAGACGGACCGCAUCCUGGGCGUGCACAUCAUCGGCCCGAACGCGGGCGAGCAGAUCGCGGAGGGUGUGCUCGCGAUGGAGUAUGGCGCGAGCUCGGAGGAUGUGGCGAGGACAUGCCAUGCGCACCCGACGCUCAGCGAGGCCUUCAAGGAGGCCUGCAUGGCGGCCCACGCCAAGGCGAUCCACCAGUAAUGGGUUACUUCGGUACGACUGCGCCCCCUUACACUAGCAGUAAUGUCACUUUUUGUAUCUAGAGUAUCGUACGCAUGAGCUGCAUGGCCGCACUAGUUGUCAAGCUGGUCGAGUGCAUCAAUGGGCGCCUUGCUGUCGCGCCUGACCACGGU